AUGACAAAUCAAGUCAAACUUUACGACCUCGACAAAGAGACAAUUGAUAAAGCGAAGGAACUAUAUCGAAUUGAUUUCAAAGAUAACGAUGAAGAAAUUAAAGCUCUUGCUGGUAUGUCGAAAACGAAAGCAAUCUUCAAGAAGACAAAUGCAUUUUUCAUGAAGGAAUCGCCUGAACUUAGAGAAUUCCUUGAAAGAAAGGGCUUUCUUCAACCUGCGCCACCACAAGUUGUCAACGAUUCAAUGAUUUCAAUUUCGGAAGAGAAUUACUAG